UUUUAAAAGAAAUAUUUUACGUGAAAAAUAUUAUAUUGCGAACAUUUGAUAUUAUAAAUCGUAAAGAUGAUAUUGACAUUGAAACCUUUCUCGAUAAUUCUGAUGAAGAGGGAUAUCGCACACCUCCUAGAAAGAUUACGUCCAACACAUUUGUAACCCCAACUACAGAGCGCACCAAAGAUGUGGUUAAUGGGAAAAUUUGUAAGAAGAAAGAUUAA